AUGCAGUCAGAUACGUCCUGCUCCAGCUUCCGGCAGCACCCUCGUUACAUCGCCGCCAAGAAGAACACCCAGGUUCACUUCAUCUGCCACUCCCGCAACUCCACUGAGGUGCAGUGGUACAAAAUCAGCGGGCAGGACAAGACGCCCCAGGUGCUGGACGUGACCGGCCCACGGGUGCACGAGAAAAGGAACGACUCCUUGGUGACCAUCAUCCUCAGCAGAAUCCAGCCAGAAGACAACGGGAUUUACCUGUGUGAGAAUAAGAACUCCACUGAGGUGCAGUGGUACAAAAUCAGCGGGCAGGACAAGACGCCCCAGGUGCUGGACGUGACCGGCCCACGGGUGCACGAGAAAAGGAACGACUCCUUGGUGACCAUCAUCCUCAGCAGAAUCCAGCCAGAAGACAACGGGAUUUACCUGUGUGAGAAUAAGAGCCUGGUGCACAAGCUGGGGCAGACACGCACGUGCGGAAGUGAACUGAAAGUAAUAGGUUUCAGCACCUUUGAGCAGGUCCAGAGCCGGAACACAGUCAAAGACGCCAUCAUUGUGAUCCAGACCAUCCUCCUGGUCAUCUUCGUGAGCGUCCCCCUGCUCCUGCUCCUGGAGAAGCUGUCGGACCUGGCCUGGGAUUAG